AACAGUGGAUACAAUGGCAAGAGAGAGGAAAUGAAAAAGCAUGUUGCAAAAACCCAAAAACUGGAUUGCAGAAACAUUAUGGAAGCCGAAGAAAACCCAUUCUUUAGAACAGCUGCGAUAUCUGCAUUACAUAUUGCAGAGGAAUAGCACAGUCACUGAAGGAAAUAAAGGUCUUGUUGUUGAAACUUUGCGUUCAAUAGCUGAAAUUUUGAUUUGGGGAGAUCAAAAUGACUCAUCAGUGUUUGAUUUCUUCCUGGAGAAAAAUAUGUUAUUGUUUUUCUUAAAAUUCAUGACACAAAACUGUGGCAGCUAUGUGACUGUUCAAUUAUUGCAGACAUUAAAUAUUUUGUUUGAAAAUAUUCGACACCAAACAUCUUUAUAUUUUCUUCUGUCAAAUAACCAUGUCAAUUCCAUUAUUGUUCAUAAGUUUGACUUUUCCAACGAAGAGGUGCUGGCCUACUAUAUUUCAUUUCUCAAGACAUUAUCAUUAAAACUAAACAUGCAGACAAUCAACUUCUUCUUUAACGAGAGAAAAAGUGACUUUCCCUUGUACACGGAAGCUAUAAAAUUCUUUCACCAUUCUGAAAGUAUGGUACGAAUUGCUGUACGCACUCUCACACUAAAUGUGUACAAAGUUGGUCAUGAAAAGAUGCUAGAGUUUAUAUGCGACAAAACAGCUACUCCUUACUUCUCCAAUUUGAUUUGGCUGAUUGGAAAGGAUGCUAUAGAACUGGAUGAUUGUGUUUUACAAGAAUCAGAUCAUUUCAAAUACGACAAACUAAAAGCCAGUGUUGCCGAUCACCUUGAUCAUCUGCACUACCUGAAUGAUAUACUGCUAUUAAAAAUCAACGUUUUAAACAUGAUAUUAACAGAUCACAUGAUUAACAGGUUGCUGAUACCAUUAUAUGUCUAUAGUUUACCAUCAAAAGAAGACUUAGGUGAUAAUGAUCCAGAAAGAGUUCAUAUCAGUAAAUUGGUCGCUCUGUUUCUUCUCGCUCAGCACUUACUCAUAAUGGAACAUACUCCUCUGGUUAAUGCAAUUGUUGAUGUGCUCUUUAAUGAAGAUGAAAUUCAAUCAACAGCGUAUCAUACAGCUACACCUGAUGUGGAAGAUCGAAUGUCACUUUUGUCAAAUGCAUCAUCAUCUUCACGUGCAUUCAUACCACCACCAGCUCCACUGGAGUCCCAACUUGAAGCAUAUGGUGUGACUAGGGAUACGUACAAUCUGAAUAUGAAACUAAAAUUGUUAACAUCUGACAAAUCAAAGCGAAACUCAACAUUUUAUGUUUCAGAUGAUGGAACAGUAAUGAUACUUGAAGAAAGCUCAACACCCAGUAGUGAUAAAGAAGACGGCCAAUCCGAUGUUGAAUCUAAAGUGAAUGACUCAGCAGAAGAUUCUGAUAGCGAGCAAGAUUGUACAUUAAUUCAGCUAGCCCAGAAAGCAGAUCAACAAGCUGUGCAGUUACAAAAAGAUAGAGGUUCAGAUCAGGAGACAGUUGAUCUAACUGUUAAAGAACAUAAAACAGACGAUCUAUCCAAUUUGAAAGAAAAUCAUCCAACUGAUGUUGAUUCAACUUGCAACGAACAAUCAGAUUGUGAAACAAAUAGAUGCAAAAGAAUAUUUAUGAAGAGUAUACUUAAGUCACUUGAUUGUAGCAAAGGAGAUGGAGAGGCGUUUUUUGCACUUUGUUUACUUUUUUCGCUGCUCAGUAAUAAAGGUUUGGAUAGAGAUCUACUUAUAUCCAUCGGUCUUGCCCUACCAAAGGAGACAAGUGAAUAUAACGAAGAAAUCCUUGAAAAGUUGAUUCUGUUUCUAGAGCAAGGAAUUGAAGAUGAGUCAAAGAUGAGACUGGUCACGUUUGAGAUGUGCAUAAAAGUCAUUCGCUUGUUAGUCAUCGAUAGUGAUGUAAAGAGAUUGUCAGAUCGUCAUUUCGCCAUGAUUGAGAAUAUACGCGAAGCAAGUACCCUGCAUUUAAGAAACUUUUACAAGGGUGACGACUUAUUUGUGGAUUCGUUCGAAGGAGAGUAUCAUCACAUGAAGGCUAAACCUUUAAACGUGGAGUAUGUUACUAUGGAUGCGUCUCUACUUCUACCGGCUACAGUCACGCCUUUGACUGGUAUUGACUUCAUUAAGAGACUACCAUGUGGUGAUGCUGAAAGAACACAACGGGCUGCACACAUCUUUAUUUUAAUGCGAGAACUAACACUAGAUUUGCAGGGCGAUGUGGAGGAGUACCUACCGCUUAGUAAAGUCAUAAAUCCAGUGAAAGAGAAUCAAGUUCUUGAUUUAAACAACAGCGAUUUAAUUGCAUGCACCAUCGUGCAGCAGGGAAAGCAAAGUAUCCGACGGUUUCUUGUUAUUGACACCAGUCAGUUUAUCUUAGUGGAACCUGAUACUAGUAAACUUGGAUGGGGUGUUGUCAAAUUUGUGUCUCAUUUACAGGAUGUGGAAGCAAAUCCCGACAAGGACGAUAGUCGUUCCUUACACAUCGUCAUUCAGCAGCCUUUCACAAGACGAAGCAAGUCUGGAUUUAAUCCAUUACCAAUUUUAUCAGCAAAAUUCGUUUUCGACGAUUAUAUUCGAUGUAUGUCGGCACGUCAACGUCUACAAAAGCGACGUGACGCUUUAAAACAUCGCAAAAUGUCGUCCGUCGCUGUACUUUUAGAAUUACCACAAAUGGUUGCACCUGCUACGAAAUAUUACUCUUUAACAUCUGUAGACAGUCCUGGAGCAGUGUGGUCACCUUCGUCAAGAAGUUAUUCAGCAACACGACAAAGUAAUGAUACUCAGAACGUUACAACGGGUAGUUUUACAAUGUUGACGCCACCUCCAUCCGCCCAAAAAUCGAGGUUAUUGUCACCAAAACACGAAGAAAUAUUAAAAAAACAGACGAAAGAUGUUAAGGACGGUUUAUCUAAUACUCCGAAUACCCCCGGGCAGUCAGCAUCUAGGACAUCAACGCCCUUAAGAAACAAUACUCCCUCAAUAAACGAAGCACAUAAUCUAGCUAGCUUGCUGCACACUUCUCCGCCUUCACACGGUCCGAUCGAAAUAACCGGCCACGAUACAGGACGAAUUAGAACUGGAACUACGGAGGUAGGUGAGGAGAUAUGUGAAGAUACCGUAACGUUGGCAAAUAGCUCGGCGUUUGUUUUGAUUAAUAACAAGACCUCUGUGGAACGCGAUACGCAGAAAAAAGACGGAGCAAAAACUGACCGCGAAACAUAUAAAACAGUAAGUAAAAAAAACGAAGAGAAAACGGCGAACUUUUCAAGUCAAAGUGAUUCUGAGUUUACUAGCUGUGAUGUGAAUGUGAAUAAAACAGAAGUGUUAAAAAGAUGUGGUUCGGCUCCGGGCUCUCCUCGAGGUCGUCGUAAUGUGCGGGAUACUGCUUGCAGUGCAGUUAAACCGUUGUCGAAAUCACUUCCGGCCAUGGCAUUGAUGUCUUCGACUGAAGAAAGAAGGCAAAGAGCUCAACGAGCAAGAGCUAAGGCUAAAUCUGUUCGAACUAGAGUUAGUUCUAAAAAGCUUAGCAAAAGGUGAAAAGAGUUUGUUAGUGAUGUCCGAAUGGUUCAUUGUUAAGGUGAAUCUACGACUCCAGAAAAAUCCUUUUAUCUACUCACACAGUAGCAAUGAAUCCUAGAAACGCUUGACUUGAUUAUUUGUCGUUAUCAAAAGCAAGAUAUUAACCCUACAGUUGGUACAAUGAGAAUUUCGAGUUCAAAUCAUCUCACCUGCAUUUCGAAAAGAUAUUUUUUAUGGAAGGGAUUUUCAUAUAUUUCUCUUUUGCGUAUAUAGUGGGGAUUAUAAAUUUAUAUUUUUCACCUUUAAUAUUUGUAGUUGUCCUCGCUGUUACAAUAAAUCUGGUGCGUAAUAAAUAAACAAAUAAGGCAUACAUUUGCUCGAUACAUCUAGUUUAAUAAAUAAAUAAUUUAAAUCGACUAAAUAUCACCACGAUUUAAAUUUAUAUAUUUAUUGAGAUAGUGGGACAUUAAUUUUAAAUUUUGGAGUAUAUAUUGCGCAAUAUAUUUUUUUUACUUGAAUUCGCAACCGGGUUACAAUCCGAUUUUUUUCAGAUUAUAUUGCAGGUAAAUACUUUCCCGUGCAUCUGUUAUACCUCGUCUCAACUAGAAGGUAUGCUUCUUGCGGGCAGCAAUAAAGGUUUUAGUUGCCGGUAGAACUUACUGCGUCUUCGGAAUUAAAAAUCAAUUCUAAUUUUAAACGGCAGGGAAUUUCUGUUAACACAUGCUUAAAAUAAUUCCACUCGCAAUAUUUUUUCUAGUGGAAAUGAGUCUUUACUACGGUCCUCACUUAAAAUACUGCUUAAUUUAUAAAUGUUUUGUUUCUUAUAUUUUUGUUUGUAAUAUAUGACACUGCAAAACUCAUUUUUGCUUCAGAAAGAAACAGGAAAAUGCAACCUCGUUCCCAGGGCAUUUUGGCUUGUUGAUAAAGUUGAUAGCGGCUACUCCGUAAUAACCGCUCUAGGGCCACAAGACCCCGGGGACGAGGUUGAGGAGAAUGCUAUUUCUGAUACUUGAUGAUAUACGUUUUUAACCUACGUGAGAAGAAAUCGUUUUAAGUAUUUCCUGUCAACACGAGAAAAUGUCCAGCACAACAAUAGAAUAAUUAGCAGGAUAGCCAAUCACAUUGCAGUAAAAUUACAGCAAUAUUCGUUUCUUUCUUGAGUGAAGAUGAGCCUUAAAAUGGUUUACAUACCUCAUAAAUGACAGUAGAAAUUAUUUUAUUAAAAAUAUGUCCAACUAAAA